ACGGGCAUGGUGACGAGCAGAUCUGCAGCAUUCCUCUCCGUCAGUGCUCAGGUGAGUCAACCAACUUAGCCCUUGGACGCUGAGGACACACACCUUUCCCUACAGGGACAAAGGGCAUGAUUCCUAAGAGUCACCUGCUCUGACGCCACCGCAGAGGACGCGUGCCCAAGACCAUGGCAGCUGCAGAAAAUGGCCUCCCAUUGUGACACACAGACCGAAAAGCAGUUGGAGUGUCCUGUGUGUAAACAGGUGCUCGCCGACCCCGUUACUACACCGUGCGGACACAACUUCUGCCAGGCCUGCCUCCAGGGCGUGUGGGACAACAGCGACAUGUGCCGUUGCCCUGCCUGCAACAAGGCCUUUGCCGAACGGCCAGAAAUCUGUGUCAACGCCGCCUUCAAGGAGCUGGCUGACACCUUCAGGAGAAUGACACUCCUUGACCAUUCUUCAUCCUUGCCGCUGUGCGCUGCAAAAGACACUGACGUGACAUGCGACGUAUGCUCUGUCGCUUCUCUGCGGGUGUCAGCCCUCAAGUCCUGCUUGGUGUGUCUCACCUCGUACUGCCACAUUCACUUGGAGCCCCACCGCAGGGUCGCAUCCUUACGGAUGCACAGGCUCAUGGAGCCGGCCACUGACUUGCGGGAGCGUCUGUGCAGUAAGCACGAUAAGCUCCUGGAGAUGUUCUGUCGGGACGAGCAGCAGUGCGUGUGCCAGUUCUGCACUGAGAGUGAGCACAAAGGUCACCAGAUCAUUCAGAUCGAGGAGGAGGCCGAGGAGAGGAAGCUCCAGAUGAAGAAGACAGAGGCCGAUUUUGAGCAGAUGAUCCAGGAGCGACAGAACAAAGUGGAGGAAAUCCAAAAUGGUCUCAAGCUUAGCACGAUGAGUGCAGACGAGGAGAAGACAAAGAACGAGCGCCUCUUCACCUUUCUGAUUGACUUGGCCGAGGAAAGACGGGCAGAGGUCGCCGCCGAAAUUGGUGAGAGGGAGAGGGCAGCUAAGUUGAGGGCUGACAGCCUCAUGGGCGAGCUUCGGCAGGAGAUUGCGAAGCUCCAGGAGAGGAAUGCAGAGCUGACAAAACUGAGGGACACGGAGGACCAUCUGCACCUCCUCCAGGUUGGCAUGAGGUGUCAAGAUAUUGUUACAUGCAGUGUGACCUCUGACCUCCCUGUUAAUGUGGGACAGAGGUUCCCUUUGUUGACAUCGCCUCCACCCACCAGAGAGUGGGCAGAGAUCAGCGUCAACCCUGAGAUCUGCGUGGGGACAGCGAGAAGGGCGUUGUCCCAACUGGAAGCCGCAUUGAAGAGCGAGCUGGAGAGUGUGAAAACAGAGGAUAUAAAGAGGAUGCAGAAUUAUGCAGUGAACGUGGAGCUCGACCCAGACACUGCCCAUCCCAACAUUUCUCUGUCAGCUGACGGCAAGCAGGUAGGCCGUGCGGAGAUACUGCACGCCGUGGCUGACAACCCUCAGCGCUUUGACCCCGUCAUCUGCGUUCUGGGCAAAAGAGGCUUUUUGUCUGGAAGAUUCUAUUUCCAGGUGGAUGUGGGAACAAAGACCUUUUGGGAUAUGGGCGUGGUCAAAGAGUCCGUCAACAGGAAGGGCCAGAUCACAUCCAAGCCAGAGAACGGCUUCUGGACGGUGCGGCUGAGGGGCGGGGACGAGUACCGCGCACUGGACUCUCCGUCAGUCCUUCUGAACCUCAAUGUGAAGCCACGGACAAUCGGUGUGUUCACCGAUUACGAGGAGGGGACCGUGUCGUUCUUUGACGUGGACACUAGGUCUCACAUCUACACCUUCACUGGGUGUGUGUUUUUGGAGAGAGUUUUCCCAUUUUUUAGCCCUGGAAGUUGUGAUGAAGGGAGGAACACGGCGCCGCUGAUCAUCACAACUGUGAGUCACCAAACAGAGGCCCCUUGACCAGGAACAGAUCCAGUAUUAAUUAGUGAUGUCUUUGAUUUCCCCCCACCACGUCUUUGAUUUUGUUUUGUUUUUUUAAUUCAUUACCUGCCUAAAAGUUGAUUUCUGCUUCUAUGUCAAGGCGACGGCACGUUACUCCCCCAACAAGCCCUCCGGUGUGCAACUAAAAAAAAAAUCACGGUGCGGACUGUUAGGGCUGUGACUGGUUGAUUUUUACAUAAUUUCAGGUGUGUAUUGUGCAUGUUCAUUGGGUGUACACAUUGAUUAACCCUCUCCGUCUCUCGUCAGACACCAUUGUUCAUUCAAUGAAAUGAAUUAAAUCUGCUCCAUCUUCUUCACUGUUCAAAUAAACACUGAAAUGUAAUUGCAUUUCCCAUAAUUCCAUCAUAAACAUCAUAAAUCUGUGUGAGUUGUGAGUGGAAUUAAACUAAAUAAAAGCU